CCACCCCUUCAACCUGCGUUGCUGACUGCACACAUACCCUCAGUAUUGACGCGGCCCUUCGUGGUUAGAAACUACAGUGACUGCAGACGCAAAAAAUUCAAAACGUCUGCGUUGACCCGACUGUACGAGUGCAGAAAUACCACUCUGUUUCGACAGACAACUACGCCGCACGCAAGGUUGCAGAUGUGAGGGAAUAUACCUGCACAUAUAGCUGCCACACUGAUGACAGAGCAAGAGGGAAGUCACUUAGCCAGCUAAUCGCCACAGCUAACCACGACUACCAGGCAGGUAAAUGUGCGGCGAUCGGGACGCCUCGACAACAACGUGCGACUCGAGUAUCUGAACGGAGCCCAGAGACGAUUUCGCACACGGCACAGUAAGGGCGACAUAGAUUUUGUAUGAUCUUGCUCGAGUGUCAGUUCUAGCAUAUGGCACACGGGCUACUGGAGUGACUUCCUCACGUACCAUUUCUCCCUUCCGGUUUUAAAUUUGCUUGGUAGACUAUGAGGAGAGUGACGGCGAGGUGUGUUUGGCGGCUCGUAUUUGCGGCGUUGUGUCUUCUGGUGGAAGAGUGUCGGACUGAGAGCGCGGCCCCUAAUCUGGCUGAACGAGUCAUCUGGGCUGUAAACUCCGGCGGCGACGCGCACACAGACGUGCACGGCAUUCAUUUUAAAAAAGAUCCACUGGAAGGAAAAUUGGGGAAAGCAUCCGACUAUGGGCUUCGUUCGCCCAUCCUGCGUUCCACCCUGGAGGAUCAGGUUCUCUACCAGACAGAACGCUACAACGAAGAUACGUUCGGUUAUGAAGUACCCAUCAGAGAAGAGGGAGACUACAUUCUCGUCCUGAAAUUUUCAGAGGUUUACUUUGCUCAGUCCCAGCAGAAGGUGUUUGACGUGCGUGUGAAUGGCCAUGUUGUGGUGAAGGAUCUGGAUAUCUUCGACCGCGUGGGGCACAGCACAGCUCAUGAUGAAAUCGUCCCGUUGUCCGUAAAAAGAGGAAAACUGAGUGUGCAUGGAGAGGUUUCCACUUUUAAUGGAAAACUCGCUGUGGAGUUUGUAAAGGGUUACUAUGACAACCCCAAGAUAUGUGCCCUAUAUGUGAUGAAGGGCAAGCUUGAAGAUGUGCCGAAACUGCAGCCACAUCCCGGUCUGGAAAAGCGAGAGGACGAAGAGGAAGAAGAGGAGGAGGGGGAAGGAGGAGAAGGAGAAAAGAAGAGCACCUCACCCUCUUCCAAGAAUCCCGUUCGGUCUGGUCCCCGAACCCCCAACCCGUACGCCACCGACAACAGCAGCCUAAUGUUUCCUAUACUGGUGGCGUUCGGGGUCUUCAUACCCACCCUCUUCUGCCUCUGCCGCCUGUGAGGGGGAAACAAGUAAACGAGAGGAGAAACGGCGGACAUCGGGCUGUGGAGGGGUGGGGGGAAGGGACGCACAGCCGUGGGGACAGGCAGUAACACAGACUGACGUUACAACAGGCAGAAAAUCAAAAGGCGAGUUAGGGACAUACAGAAACGCGGGAGUUUGAGAUAUUGCUGGCCGUUCAAAUGGUGAUCCAGAUAUAUACGGAUUUAGGAAGCAAGUUUUUUUUGUGUGUGUUUGUGCUUGUUUGUACACAAUUAAAACCAGUUUUAUUUUGGGGAAAUCCAAGAAGUACAAAUUAAAUGUAGAUACAAACACACACACACACACACACACACAUACAAGGCAAGGCAAGGCUUCACAACCUGGUUUGUCUGGUCUAGCAGGCGAUGACUAGGAACAGUUGGCUAUACUCUUUGAACACUUGUCCCAUGUUUUUUUCUUUCUUUUCUUUUUAAGUUGAAGUAAAGAGCAUGUUGUUAUCCACAAUGCAUUGAUCUGCUGUUUUUGACCUAUGUUGGGAGGCAGAGAUGUUGUAAGAAUCUUCUGAACCCCUUAUUGACACUUCUAGUUAAUGCAUCUUAAACUCAGUGGCAAGCAAGUGAUGAUAUGUGUGUUUGUAUGUGUGUUGAAGCUCCUUGUUUGCCACUGUUUCACUUUUUUAUUUUAUCACGCACGUGCAAGCUUCUAUCAUUCACCUAUUUUUAUAGUUUUUCUGAUUUCUAAAAGCAUGUAAACAUUUGUCUGGUCACCUCCUGCCCCACUUUCAGUCACAUAUUUAAUAUUUUUCCCAUAUACAAUAACAGUUCGGCCCUUGAAAAACAGUGUUUUCUGUAUUAAACAAUACACACAUUUUCUGUUAGAAAUGAUCUGAAAACAUUAUGCACUCACCUUUGGGUCCCUUAGACUUUUGGAUUCUAUUGGUCUGAAGUGCUAUUUAAAAUGUAAAAUGCCCUUAGGUUCUCCUCGUUUGGUACAUGAUGCAACUGGAUUAGCAUUUUAUUGGUUAAUAUGAUUAAGUUGUCUUAACUUUGCGAAGGCUUGACCAGCUGUCACAUGGUGUACAGAGGGAAUGAUGCUUAGUUAGGAAACAUGUUGACUUUUUGGCACAUUUUGCCAUAUUACCAUGAUAUCGUAUUCCCACCAUUACCGGUUUUCUUUUUCAACACCACCAAAGAUACUCUUUGUUGACGUGUGUUACGCCGAAUAGUACCAGCAUGUGUGCGGUGGAUGAUUGAGAGGUCUCAUGAUGCUACGAUUGAUUGAGAAAUAUCAGACAUGCGUUUGGAGUUCAGCAGAUACACGCCUGCCAUACACUGUGAAGUAUGGAUGUCGUUGUGACUUUUGUAUUCAAGGUUUCUUAAUUGUUCUUUAUUUCAAGGCUGUCAUUUAGUUUGGACAUAUUUGUGAUUUAUGAUAUGCGUAUGUUGAUUGGCAGCUUAAAGUGGACUUUCACCAAAUCCGGAAACAUUUGCAUUCCACCUCAAUCUAUUUUUGAUUAUCUGAUGCUUUUAAAGUGAUACUUAACCCAAAAAUAAAAAUUCUGUCAUCAUUUACUCACCUUCGAGUUGUUCUAAAUCUGUAUACAUUUCUGUGUUCUGAUUAACACAGAAAAAUAUAUUUGUUAGAAUGCUUUGACCACCCUUGUAGGAAAAAACACAAUGGUAGUCAAAAGUGUCUCAGAACUGUUUGCUGUCCUACAUUCUUCAGAACAAAAAAAUGUAUAAAGGAAUUUAUGCUACUAUGGGAGUCAAUGGAGGGCAAGAUCUAUUUGAUUAUAAGCAUUCUUCCAAAUAUCUUUCUCUGUGUUGAUCAGAAUUUAUACGGAUUUGGAACAACUCAAAUGUGAGUGAAUGAUGACAGAACUUUCCUUUUUGGGUGAAGUAUCCCUUUAAGUGUUAUGGGUUGCUGUUUGUAUUUAGCCGGUUCAACACAGCUACUUUUCUCCCAACUGCUGCCUAAAUUGCUUUCUUUCAGCUAAGGAAGCCUGCCUUAAAAUGUGAUCAGUGGGAUAUCAAGACACCCCCUUUCACACUGCUGAAACCAUCAGACCACAUUCAAGUACACACGCCAUUGUGCUGUCUGUUUUUGCCCCUAAUGUUUGUGUAGUAUGUCAGUUGUCUCUCACGUGGACUUAAACGCUUAUUUUGGCCUUCUCAAUAAACAUGCUUUUGAAGAGUAGGAUGGGAGGGCAGUGUUUUGCAUUUUUGUAGCUUUGUUUGUUUAAAAAAAACAAUCACAAAGACAGCAUUGAUGCACCUUUCUCGUUAGCUAAAGGAUUGCAGAAAGACAAUUGAUUAUUGUCGCCAAAGUUGUAAACGUUUCUUUAUUUCCUUUGAAUUUGUACACGAUGCAUGUGUAUAUAAGGUACUUGAUCACGUUAGUUGUGCCAUACGGUUAUAUUUCUCUUUUGAAUGUUGUUCAUUUUUUGCAUAAUUACUAUUAAUAUCGGGUUGGCUGGGUUUCUUUAUUGUUUGCUGAAGUGUGAAAGAGUGGCCUUGAAAUUUUUGGUUGCAGAUGUGGUUAAGGUUAUGUUUGAUUUGCAGCCACAUAGACACACUGACUGACUGUCGGAAAGAGUGUGAAUCAUAUAGUUAUGGGUUUGUUUCUUUAUAUGUUGCAUAAUUUAAGUAAAAGGAUAUGGGAUUGAAUAUUAAAAUGAUUGAAAAAACGUUUUUUCAGAACUAGUUGCUUUUUAUUUUCUCAGGAUGUUUGGGUUUUCUAAUGAGGACUGUUUUAUUAGUGCGAGUUAUUGCACUGCCUGUUUCAAAUGCAUUUUUGUUUGUGUUUGUUUUUCUGUCAUUUGUUGUGUACCUUCGAUCCCUUGUUGCCUUAAAUUUGAAUACAUCCUCAUGUGCUUUAUGAGCUUUAUUUUUACGUUUUCAUUGAUUUAUUGCAUGGUUCAUGGUGUUUCAUAUAUCAUUACCUGAAAACAGUAAAGUUGACUCCUUGGACGAUAGCCAAAGACCACACAAGGCUCUUCAUUGUGCUCGCCUUCAUUAAGAACUCAUGUGUAUUGCUUCAUUUCAAACUCCUGAGUUUACAACGGAUGUAGUUUCUUUGUUAAAGUCACGUCUCUGUUGAACUACCUGUCCCCCUUUGACUCCCACAUGAGAACUGAAGACUACAUAAGAAGCAGAACGGAUGCCCCCCUCACUGUCCUACAGGAGCUUUCUGACGUAGGAACUGCAAACUAAUGCUGUUUCUUUUUAAUAAAUGUGCUAUUUUAUCUAAA